AUGAGGAAGAAAGGAUGUCUUGUUCUAUCAGGCAUACCAGGCCCAGCAGGCAGAGAUGGAUUACCGGGACGAGAUGGAGCACCGGGACGGGAUGGACCACCCAGACGGGAUGGACUACCCGGAUGGGAUUGGGCAUCUGGACUGAAGGGGGAGGUGGGACCACCAGGGCCACCAGGAGUCAAAGGAGACGCUUGGAACCAACGAAGAUGGAAACGGUGUUUUUGGAACCACAACAACUCCGAGACUGAUAAUGGACGAGUUUUGGAAUGUGCGUUUACUAAGGCUUCCCCAAACACAUAUCUCCGUGUUGUCUACAAGAUCAACACUCGUAUCUUCGGUUGCACAAACUGUUGCAUGAGAUGGUUUUUCAUCUUCAACGACAUUGAAUGCAAGGCUCCCGGUUUCAUUGAUGCCGUUGUCUACCAGAACAUCGAACAUCCAUCGCUUAACCACCCAUGUGCUACAGCACAUGGGUGA